AUGGGUGGUGUACUUAGAUUUCUUUCAUUUUCUGCUGUAACAGGUGCUAUUGCUACAUCUUACUAUAUGUAUUUUAUUAAAGAAAAUGGAUAUUAUUAUAAAAAAUCGAUUUUAAAACAAAUUAAUGAUAAAGUCAAAGAUGCCGUAGAACAAAGAGGUAAUGUUGAAACUGUAUUUCAAGAGAGAAUAGAAAUGCUAAAGGAUAAAACUGCAAGAGAUUUAAAUAUCAGAUCACAAAGUGAAAUGUUUAAAGAUUUAUGGAAUCAACAAAUUAGAGAUACUGUUUCAUGGAUAUAUUCGUGGGGUAGGUAG